AUGUGUGAUCCCACAACGAUUCGGGUAGCGGCGGCUCUCGACAACUUUGCUCUGCAGCUAGAAGGCUGGAACCACUGGUUGCCUGAGGAGAUUCCUACUCUCGUACUUUGGAUCAACGCCACCUUGGAACGCUAUCGCAAUGCUCCGGCCCAGGAUGCACUCUCAGGCGGUAAUUCCCGUUUUGAGGCAACCGGGUGGUUUACCACGACCAACCCAGACCUUCAGGCCCUGGAAGUCGUCGUAGCGCUACCACGCAAGGACGGAAAAGAAGUGUGCCUUCGCUUUCUCUCGAAGCGAGGGUGUGCAUCGGCGGACCCAACAGUGUGCAAGUUCCCCAACUUGGUACACUUUGAACCAGCGACAAUUGACCCCAUCGUGCGAGACUGCAUCAACACAAAACUGGGCGGGAUCAGCGACAAGUUCUCGCAGUCCAGCUGA